CUUUAGAAAAAAAUUUGUGACGUUCUGCGAAGUUUUGAAUAUCCUGUUAUGAGAAUGUUACAAUGAAAUCGAUUUCUUGUCCCUGCAUCGAAGAGAUGAUGUUGAUUUUACUCUUGUUAACCUUAGUUGCUCUUGCUCAUUCCCAAGAACCAUCAACUUGUUGCACGAAAGGGUAUCUAAAGGGCGCCUCUGUUCUAACAGAUGAUAUCAACUGCCACGCCCCUUCUUCAAUCGGAGAUGUUUUCUCAUCAAAGUCUCUAAAAUUGAUGUGCGUUGGCUUUUACGAGCAAUGUUGCCGAUCUACUGCAAGUACUUUAUUUUGCCGGAUGGGGGAAAAACUGGCCAUGGCUAAUCAGUUAUGUACGAGAUCAAGCAGGAUAGGCGGUGAAAGCAAAUUGACUUGUUGCGACUGCUGUAAACGAGGAGCACGAUUAGCUCGUGAAGGAGUGUCUUGUAACCAAACCCAAGAAGAUCGGCUGUGCACAGAAGCAUUCAAAUCGUGUUGCUUAACAGUGAAGAAAACUACAGAUUUGAAAAAUUCGAGAAAAUAUUGCUCAGACAUCAAGUGUGAUUCAAAAUCCACAUCAAGCUGUGUGGAAACAGAAAAAGGACCUCGAUGUCUGUGUAAGCAGGGAUAUGCUACCACCAACAAUGGAUUAAGCUGCACAGAUAUCGACGAAUGUCAGAAGAAGAAUUCCUGCCCUGGAACUGCAUGCACAAACAUACCUGGAAGUUAUAAAUGCGGUUGUGAAGAUGGAUUUAUGGUGGUAAAUAGAAAAUGUGUUAAAAAGAACAAAAGUUGUAAAAAGGGUUAUGAGGUUAAAAAUGGCAAAUGUGUGGACAUUGACGAAUGCUUAAGUGGAAAACACAGAUGUUCCACUGGAUCGUUCUGUAUGAACACAGACGGUGAUUAUGCCUGUUUUCGGAGAUGCCAGUAUCCUCGUUUCCAGGUUAUUAAGGCAGGGGUAUGCAUAGAUGUGGAUGAAUGUAAAUUGGGAUUAGAUGACUGUGGUCGAAACUAUGAGUGCGAAAACACCGUAGGUUUGUUUAAAUGCAAUCUGGUCAGAUGUAAUGAAGGCUACAGACUAGUUGAUGGAUACUGCGAAGAUAUCGACGAAUGUCAAAACAAAAGCAUCUGCGGUGAAGCUCAUCAAGGCUUAUGCAGAAAUGCUGACGGAACAUAUUAUUGUGACUGUCAAAGCGGAUAUGCAGUUAACUCGAUCACAAAAAAAUGUGCCGAUAUUGAUGAGUGCAAAAUCAAUCAUGGAUAUUGCAUCUAUCAAUGCACGAACAGCGAGGGCUCCUAUAGAUGCACAUGUCCUGCAGGAUACGAAGCGCGAGGAAGGUUUUGCUCUGAUAUCGACGAGUGCUCAAGAAAUCCAUGUCCAAGCUCUGAUUUUUGUUUCAACACAUUUGGAAGUUAUGCAUGUAUCAAUCAAUCGUGUCCGAACAAAUAUUUCGUAAAGACAUCUCGGAAAUAUGAUGAGCCAGCAUCGUGUUUGAAAAAGGAUUGUAAAUGGCAAGCGGAAUGCGGGAAAAUAAAGUUAAAAUCUGUUAAAAGAACAGCCUACAAGUUUUAUAAGAACGUUGCUCAUUCCGGUUUUAUUUUCCGAUAUUGGAUGAGUUUCGAUCGAAGGUAUUAUCGAGUGACAUCACGCUUUGUUAAAGGUAACGAAGAAGGGUAUUUCUACAUCCAAAAUAUGGCUAAAAAUGAGCUGAGAAUUAUCAAUCAAAAGAAAAUAACGGGACCGAAAAAAUUCCAUCUUGAAAUGCAUGUGGAUAUUAACAGCAAACUCGGCGACACCAUAUGGAAAUACGUAUAUCAUUUUUAUGUUUACGUAUCCGCUUAUGACUUUGCUUGAUCUCCCAGCUCUUACCAAACUAACAGAAACAACGUUUGGAUAAUCAAGAUUAACACGAAGUAGAAGUUUUGUGUGUUUUUGUCAGCCUCGUUUUCAUGGCUUUUUGUUUUUUAUCAGGCGCUUUUUUAAUAAAACUAAUGCAAAACAUUAGAUAAAAAGAUCUGUUGUUUUUAUUAUAACGUUUUUAUUCUUUUAAUUAAAGUUUUGCAAAACUAUUUAACGAGCUUGUUGAUUUAUUCAACUUCGUCCCCAGGAAUUCUUGCCUUUUUGACAUCGAGGCCGUCAAGGUAGCGCUUUGACAUCAGGUAGCAAACCCUGGGAACGAGGAUGUGAUUUACUAAACGUUCAUAAAUUUCUGUAAAGACAUAAAGGUUCAUCGCGCGUUCAUCCUAUAUUUUUUAUUGUUAUUAUUUAUUUUAAAUUUUAUAUUGCUUUAUUAUUGUCGAUAAUUCCGUGAUCUGUCGAAUUACUACUAUCUUUGAAACUAAAAAAAGCACGUUAAAUUGAUGUUAAUUUUACACGUGUCUUUUAUUAUUCGUUAAAAAAACAAAAUUUUUGCUAUUUUUAUCGAGAUUACCAUCACAACCUUGACCCCACACGCUAGUUAAAAUUCCUGGGAGCGAAAUUGAUUACUUUUCAUCUUCAUACAGGGGACGAGGUGUUCUGUUAUUUGAGUACAAGCCCUUUUUAUAAGAACCAGUAAAUUUGACCCGGGUCAGGCUGCUUUUAUUUUUGAACCUUUUUCGACUUGGUUUGUUCUUAUUUUGCUCUUAAUAGUUGUUAACUUUAUUUUUUUCGUAUUUAUUUUUUUUUGAUUUCUUUUUUGAAAUUUAUGUUGAUAUGACGACAUAGAUGUUUUUGAUGCUAACAAUGCUCCAAAAAUAGUGUUCAUGAACAAUCGAAAGCACUUCCGUCUCCAGAGCUAUUUGACAUAAAAAAUCGAGGUUUAUCUCAAAGAGCUUUGGGGUCGGGAAUGGCGCCCAAGAGAAUAUGCGGCAACUCUAUUUAGACUCAGAUUGUUCUUAGUUAUGAAAACAAUAAUUUGACCCUGAA